GACUGUAUUACGUGGUCCAGCAUCUGACACUGUGGUCAGUAUUGAUCAUCCAGCAUCCAGCGCUGUAGCGCAGUCUCCAUCCUCGAAAAAAUCUGAAUUGGUGGUUCAAGUAUCCCGCAAAUUUUCUACAAGAUUCUAUUGUAAACUCGUCAGAAGUGAUCAUCGAUCCCGUCGCAGGAUUGUAAACGCGCCUUUAGCAGUCGUCCAACGUUCGGGUGGAGUCGGGUGCAGGUUCGGGGACGAACGGCGCAAGAUGGCCGCCGGUAUUGGAAAUGGAGUAGCAUAGAGGCUGGGCGGUAGGAACGAACCGUAGGUGUGUCAGUACUCGGCUUCUCCGUGAUAAUGCCAUCGAAAUGCCGAUUGUUGCACGCUGACUCGCGUAUCGCACAUUAUUCGUACGUAGAAUCAAAGUUAUUCCGUCGGCCGUGUCUCGGAUGGUGAUGAUAAAUCGCGAAAUAGACGAACAGGAAAAUUAAAGCGGUGUCUUCGGUGCGAAAUUUUCUCAGCUAACACGAUUGCGAAUUUACUAGUGAUUAUACGUAUCCGAUAGGUACGUCGAUGAUUUAUUUGAAUGAGAUUCAAGUGGAAAGUUAAACGGUGACCUGUCGAGUGUUCGCCCCCGUGACGUUCAACGAUUUUCCACGGAUGUCAAGACUCGCCUGCCCGGCUCCAGGAGAGAGUCGAGUGUGCUUCGUGGGUGUCAGUCAGGUCUGAAUCGAAUUGUACCGAUAGGAAAUCAGUCGACGGGGCAGGAAAAGGAGAAUGGAAAGGGAAAGAGUCGGUGCAUAAAGGGAUCAAAGUGUACGGGGACGGUACAGUGUGUCCCACGAUACACCAUUUCGCGAUCUGUCAAAAACUUGAUUCUCACCGAAGGCCGAAGUUAACGCUCGUGUCUAUCGAUCAAUCAUAACCGAUCUCUCGUGUUCUAGGCCCUGGAGCUAUCGAAGCGUGCAUCGAUCGAUUUUUCGAAGGGAAAUUCACUUGGUCUACGAGUUUCCUUCUGUGUCACUGUGUGUGUGUGCGCUACGACGACACAUUGAUUAUCCCUUUCCGUAAACAAUAUACAAGGACAGGAAUGUAUUACACUCUGGCAGAAACAAGAUAUGAGUUUCGAUUACGGUGAGAGAAGGCUCGUACAGCCAGGGAAAGUGAUGUUGAACUUGGAACUGUCGAAAGAUUAUUUCAGUGAUGAUUCCGCCGGUAGGUACUAGUUAACCAAAAACAAAAAAAGAAACAACAAUUUUUAUUCAAUACCGUAACCAGUGAAAAUUUCACAGGGCAGGUAGUGAUCGGAAUUUUAGUGUUCCUUACAGUGAAUAGUUCAUCGCAUAGAAGAAAUAGUAGUUGAGAUUCCGCGCGUGGAUAUCGUUCGAAUCGUGUGUGUCUGUGUGAGAGAGAGAGAGAGAGAAGAGACAAAGCAAGAGAGGAUAGAGCGAGGAAAUCGAGGAAAAUGACUAACUGAAAGGAAUCGAAACGAACUAGAAUAAGGUAUAUAUCGAAAAAGAAUAAUAGAAAAAGGAUUUCGUUUAACUCGCGUACACGCGGGUCUGUAAAUUUAAACGCCGCGUGUCCCCCGUGCGUAUGUCUGCUGAUUCACAUUUCCGUGUAUUUCAAGUGGAGUUUCAGUGUGCCGGAGGGUGAGAGUAGUAGGAUAACGCAAAAUGUGGAAUAUGAUGUGCGACGUGAUGCCGACUAUCGCGGAGGACAGCAUUAGCCAGCGAAGUUCGCAGUUCUCCGGCGAGGAUGCGAACUUCGAGCAGCUGAUGGUCUCGAUGCUCGACGAGAGGGACAAGCUGAUGGAAUCGUUGCGCGAGAGCCAGGAACGAUUACAGGAAACGGAAGCACGUUUGCAGGAGGUCGAAAAAGAACGGGACUCAUUGAAUCGUCAGCUGAACGCCAAUAUUCCUCAGGAAUUUUCCCAGCUGACGAAGGAGCUCGCAGCAGCACGCGAGAGCAUUUUAGAAAGAGAGGAAGAAAUAUCGGAGCUGAAAGCAGAGAGGAAUAAUACUCGUCUUCUGCUCGAACAUCUGGAAUGUCUGGUCUCCCGGCACGAGCGAUCGCUUAGGAUGACUGUGGUGAAGAGGCAAGCGGCCGCGCAAUCUGGAGUAUCGUCCGAAGUUGAAGUGCUCAAAGCUCUGAAAAGUCUGUUCGAGCACCACAAGGCUUUAGACGAGAAAGUACGAGAACGACUGAGAGUUGCAUUGGAAAGGAAUACGAGCUUGGAAGAAGAGUUAGCCAUUAUUAAAGAAGAGCUCCAGCAAUAUAAAUUAAGUGGUCAUGCGCCUAAAGCUAUGGAGGAUAGACCCAAAGAAAAUGGGCAGACAGAGGAUGGCCAGCAGCAAAACAAGAAUGAGACUGAGCAGGCAGCAGGCCAGCUGGAACAACAGCAGCAGCAACAACCACAGCAACAGCAGCAGCAGCAACAGCAGUCGAUACAAAAGCUAGGUACGGAGAGGUCGACAGAAAUCGGGAGUAGACUGAGCAAUGGAACUCUCGAUCCGUCGGACCAGGAUUCAGCUGCGCGAUUAAUUGAUUUGCAAGCGAUUCUCGACAAGCAGAGCUCAGAAUUGAGCACGUGGCAACGGCGGGUGGCUGAGUUAAGUGGACGAGUUGCUGAAUUGGAAGAAAGCUUAUCCAAGGCUCAGAAAGACCUUCUGAAAACGCAAGAAACGAACGUGAAACUUCAAAGAGAUUUACGUGAAAAUGUUGCCCAAAAAGAGGACCAGGAAGAAAGGAUAGCAACUCUUGAAAAACGAUACCUUAAUGCUCAACGCGAAUCCACUAGUUUACACGAUCUCAACGAAAAGUUGGAACAGGAGCUGCAACACAAGAAGGCUCAAUUAAAGCUCCAAGAAGAAAAAAUAUCAGCAAUACAAGAAAAAUUAGAACUUGCAGAACAGAAAUUAGCUCAAUAUGCUAAGUUGCCAGAAAUGGAAGAGCAAUUAAAGCAGAGGAUGGAGGCUCUGACGCAGGUGAGGAGGCCCAACCAGCAGGCUCAAGAAAGGCACGGUAGUGCAGAGGAUAGGAUACAAAGAUUGGAAACACAACUAGAGGAAAAGAACGCUGAAGUGAUGCGUGUUAAUCAACGACUUAAAAUGAACGAAGAACAUAAUACACGGCUUAGUACAACAGUUGAUAAACUUUUGUCGGAAUCUAACGAAAGAUUACAAGUGCAUUUGAAGGAGAGAAUGCACGCAUUAGAAGAAAAGAAUGCUCUUACGCAGGAGCUUGAAAAGACAAGAAAGAUCGCUGAAGAUCUCCAAAAUGAAAAGGCUGAAAUAGUUAAAGAAUUAGGAAAAGCACGUCUUGAAAUUGAUAAUGUAAAAAGGCAGAUGCUUCAGCAAGAAAUCGCAUUUAAUAUACAACAAACGGACGCUUUGACUAGAAGUUUGUCUCCCAAUGCAGUGGAUCCAGGUUCCUUUUCUAGAAGUGCAAGUCACAGUAGCUUCGACACCCAUUCGUUACCAAGGAGAACGGCUAAACGUCCACCGAUGGAAGAAGAUCCAGCAAAGAAUUACGUAGCUCGCACUUUAGCAGAACAAGAAUGGGAAAAAUUACAGCAAGCGCAUGUUCUAGCCAAUGUGCAACAAGCGUUUGACGUUUCCAGUGACGCAGAGGGUGACGGGGAUAAUGAAAGUCUUUUCAGUUGUGCGGCUGAUGUAAUUAGCCCUACAGGGCAUACAGAUGCUCAAACGUUAGCGUUGAUGCUACAAGAACAAUUAGAUGCAAUUAAUAAUGAAAUUAGGUUGAUUCAGGAAGAAAAACAAAGUACGGAAGCUCGUGCAGAAGAAUUGGAAUCACGAGUUGGCAGUCUUGAACAUAUGAAUUUAUUAGCGAGAGGUAGAAGUCUGGAACGAGCGUCGCCACCGUUGAGCGGACGAUCCACACCCAAAUCUCAUCAUAGUCCUAAUAGGGAUUAUUUACAUAAAUAUCAUACUGCACCGGCAUCAAUGUCUCCAGCGCAUCUCCAUCAAUAUGCUGCUUCCUUAGCUAGCCCGGGUCAACUUUCUGAAUCCCUUCCUGCAAGUCAGUUACAGUUAUCAGGUGAGGAACUGCAUUCGGUGAGCGAAAGGGAUAGCACCGGUGGUGCAGGAAGCGGUGGCAGCGAUGCAGCCUCACCGUUAACGGCUCGAUCAAUCAGGCUGGAACGAGUAGUACAAGCACUUGCUCACAGUCAAGAAGAACUGAGAAGACGCACUGGACAAGCCGGAUUUCCCAGCAGUGGUUUUCCUGCUCACAGGCAUGGGCAACAUAACAACGGCGCACUCAAUUCUGGGACUCCCCCUUCCCCAUUGUCCUCACGCCAUAGCAGCCAGGACAGUUUGCACAAGAACAACUUGCCUGGUGUCGGAUUGGCGAUUGGACAACUGUCUAGCUCGCAUUUGCACAUGCAGUCAACCAUGAGUCCAGCUACAGCAGCAGCGGUGGCUGCAGCUCAAAAGAAGAAGGGGAUUAAGAGCAGCCUUGGAAGAUUUUUCAGCAAGAAGGAAAAGAUAAAGGGAAAAGACACGCCAAUGCCUGGAGAUAUACCCGGUAUGGGAGGAGCAAGUACACCUGCGGAUCCUGACUACGGAGAUAGCGUUUCUGUGGCUGGAACUAUGGGCAGCAAAAGUGAUUUUGAUCGUAGAAAAAAGAAAAGUCCUAGUAUGUUUGGAAGUAUGCUAGAUUCAUCGAGGCACGAGCUUUUGGCGGAAGCGAUGCGAGCUGGAACCCCGUUUGCUCUAUGGAAUGGUCCAACUGUGGUGGCUUGGCUUGAAUUAUGGGUCGGUAUGCCUACCUGGUACGUAGCAGCCUGCCGGGCCAAUGUGAAAAGCGGUGCCAUCAUGAGUGCUCUUAGCGAUACCGAAAUCCAACGCGAAAUCGGUAUAAGUAAUCCUUUACAUCGAUUGAAAUUACGAUUAGCUAUCCAAGAAAUGGUGUCACUGACAAGUCCAUCAGCACCAAAAACCUCUCGCACAACUUUAGCAUUUGGAGAUAUGAACCACGAGUGGAUUGGUAAUGUUUGGCUUCCAAGUCUUGGAUUGCCUCAAUAUCGAUCCACUUUCAUGGAGUGCCUUGUCGAUGCUAGAAUGUUGGAUCACCUUACAAAAAAAGACCUUCGUGGUCAACUUAGAAUGGUUGAUAGUUUCCACAGAACAAGUUUGCAGUAUGGCAUUUCGUGUUUGAAGCGAUUAAAUUAUGAUAGGCAACAAUUAGAAGAAAGAAGACGAAUGGCGGAAGGUGCCAACGUCGAUGUUCUUGUAUGGAGUAACGAUCGUGUUAUAAGAUGGGUGCAAUCUAUCGGCCUGAAAGAAUACGGGAACAACCUCUUGGAAUCUGGGGUACACGGAGCUCUUGUAGCCCUCGAUGAAAGUUUCGACGCAAAUAGUUUUGCUUUAGCUUUGCAAAUUCCAACCCAAAACACACAAGCUCGACAACUGUUAGAAAUGGAAUUUGCUAAUUUAUUAACAGUAGGAACAGAGAGGCGACUCGAUGAAUCGAAUAGUAUGAAAUCCUGAUCCAACUCGUCUAGUAGGCUGCCUCAUCUUCAACCACACCAUGUCUAGUCUGAAACCCCAGAUAUUACUACUCUCUGUACGCAAGUGUGUUGUAAGAGCUUUAAGUAUCAUUCUAAGGGUAACUUUAUACUGUUAAGAGUGUAACAUGCGGUAGUAUGAAAGAGUGAUUGAACAUAAAACUGUUAAAAAAGGAUGAUUAUAUCGUAUGUUCAAUAAGAAAAUUUAAAGCAUUUUAUCGAUUUUUGCGUCACGCGUUUCAUAAAUCGCAUGUUACGUAUUUCACUGAGAACAAAAAAAAAAAAGAAAAUAAUAAUAAUUCUUGAUGAAUUGCUCUCAUAUAGAUACUGAAAUGUAGUGAGCGGUCGGGAAAAUCAUGAGAUAUAUAUAUAUUUUUCCUCGAAAGCCAAAAGAAAUAUCAGUUAUAGGUAAUUACGACAAUAAUUCUGUCUAAUUUAUCUUGAUUUUUUUAAGGAUAGCGAUUUGUAGUUUCGAACUAAUAAUAUCAUGGUAGUUUGUAAAAAAAAAAAUUUUCAACGCGUGAUCGCAUAUUUCUUAUACUAUAUUAUGUACUUAUACUCUGUAACAAAUAGUUAAAGCAGCAUCUAUUUUGAUACCACUUACCGCACAAAAUAAAAAUCCCCAAAUUACAUUAGUGCCAUUGCUCUCGAGGAAACUAUUUAUGUACAAGGAAAAGACUGCGUUCUAUAUUUCUGGAUCUAUAAGAUGGUGACCUAAUAAGCCAUACAUAUACAUAUACAUAUUAUAUAUAUAUAUAUAUACAUAUUACUUUGUACAGAAGGAGUACCGGGAUACUUGUUCUCCUCUGUUAUUUCGAUGAAUUUUAAAUGUUUGUAGAUCACAUAUAAACACGUAAUAUAUUCAAAAAUUACACUGAAGCAAGCAACUAUCAUAACUAAGAAACAAUGAAACAGGAAAGCAGUUGCAUGGGACGUGUUUAAAAAGCUCGCUUUUUAUUUACCGUGGACUAAGAACAGACAUUUUAUACCAAAAUAAUCGCGCAAUGUAUAAGUACGUGUAUGAAGUUAGUAGAUGUUAUAAAAUUAAGAAACUUUGUAAUUUUAAUUAACUGAACUAUCGAUCAGUCAUAAUUAUAUACGUAUAAUUAUAUCUUUAUUAUGUAUCAUUGAUUUUCUCAUUGUUACAAGGUAAUUGUUUUUUUUUCAUUCUGCUCUCUAGCAUUUUGUUCAAAGAAAUUUUUUGUUGAUAGUUCAUUUAUAAGUAUCUCUUAGUGUCUAAUUUUAUUUAAAACUUGCAGAAAUUUAUUAUCGUUGGACUCGAUCGGUGGUGACAAAAAAAACUGUUAUAAAUGUAAAGAAAUGUCACGGGAUAAGAAAGAAAAAAAAAUGGCCAUAACGAGAACAGCAAAAGAAAAAACAAAUACACUGAUAAUGGCCAUAAAUAUUUGCUAAAACAAUAGUGAUGAUGUUGCUGAAGACAAUGAUUGCGAUGAUAAUUAUAAUUAUCCAUUACAAAUGUUAUCAAACUGAAGGUGUGGCGAAAGACUGAGACUUAUGACAGUGACUGUAAUGACAAAAACUGGUCAUGAUAGAGACGAUCACAAUAAUGAUGAUAAGUUAUAAUGGGAUGUUGUUAACGUUGUUGAUACUUGAUGAAUCAUUGUUGUUGAUGUUUGUUUCCCUGUGAAGUACCCCCUGCAAGCUGUUCAUUCGUUGUAACUCCGCGGCUCUGCAAUGACCUUCCGAAUGGGCGCAAACGUACCAAAUAGUUUCUACCAAAGACGUCGCAAUACAGCACGAUGAUUUAACAGUCAUAAAUGUGUAAUUUAACGUUGGCACUCGAGAUAUAUAUGCAGUAGAAAGAUCAAAAUAUCAUCCUACAUGUAAAGAUCAUAAUGUACAGUUUCAUCCUUCGGCGUAUAAUACUUUCUUUUUCUUUUCUUAUUUUUUUUUCUUUAUUAUUUAGAAAGUACCACCGAUCAGUUGAAAUAUUUCUAGGUAAUCAGAAAGACUCGCUAAGCCAAAGCAACGUUACGCUACCUCAAUACUGAGAUACGGUGGUACGGUUACUUUACCUUUUGCAUAAAUACAUUGUUAACUUGUUCCAUGAUUUGUAAUUUAUAAUUAAUUCUUCAUGGCGCAUUAAAUCGGAAUUUCUGAUUGACCUUGGGUUGAAAAACAAAUCAUCCAAAAUGUGUAAGAUUGACUUGCAAUUGUUAAAGAACGGAUCAUUGAAUAAUAGAGAAACAGUAAUGUGAAACUACACACAGAUUUAGUUUUUUAACGAUACGAAACAAGAAUUUUCUAAAUAUAUUGUGAAGAAACUUCGGUUUGAAGUAUUUUCAUAAUAUAGCGUUACAAUAUGUACCCUUUUCGCCCUAAUAUAAAGCUACACGAACGAUUGUACAGAACCAAUUUGUACAAAUGAAUAGAUAUACAAAGUCAGGGCAAUUUGUGAAACAGAAUGGCCGUCUCUCCCUUUCGGAAGUGUCUGCAGUAUAUGUAAAUGACUGAACUUAUUUUUAACGUAUGCUAGUUAAUAGUGUCUAUGGACAUUCCAAGGAAAAGAAAAGAAAGCAAACCUUCCAAAAAACGCAGACACAUUCAUAAUGGCAUAUAUGUAAAUCAUGACUCGGUAUGUAGCAGCUUUGCCGCCUUCUAUGUAUUUAACUAUAAAUAUAUACAUAGAUAUAAAAGAAAUAAAGUUUCGCCUGAAUCCAGCCUCCGACUGCUCGGUAUCGAAUAGAGCUUUAAUAAGCAAGGCUAAUAACUAUUAUAUUCGUAAUAUUUUUACCAAAAAGUAAGGAAUUAUUGCUUAAACUUAGAUUUCGUCUUGCCUUCGAUUUCCUUUAAUAUUUCUUUAAACAUUCUCCGCCUUUGUGUUUGGAAAAUUGUAUUGCAAUCUUCUUUUGUCUGUAUAUGCUGAUAGAACCACUAAAAUUGUUCAAUAUAUUAAAUAUUGUCUUCAGCAAUGCUUGAAGAAUUUUAUUUAAAUGAAUAUAAUAGUUUCAUAUAAAUAUAGGAUUGUAACAGUAUCCAAAAGAAAGACAUAUAAAGCGUUUAUGUUUCUUUAUUAUCAGUUUAAACAUAUCAUACAAUUGUAAAAAGUGUUUAUAGUAGAUAGAAUUACAUAAAAACAUAAUUGUUUCUGUGUACAAUUUUCAUUUUUCUUUUAUUGUUUGCCUUGGAAAAAAAUACAUGUUAAGAUAUAUAUAUGAUAAAAACAUACACGUAAUCAUGUGUAAUAUUGUGAUGUAACAAUACGUGGUAUGUGUUACUUUAAAAUGUAUUUUUUUUCUAUGUAAACUUUUUCUUUUUAUGCUCAAUUCGACCGAACUGACGGAAGAACAAGUUCGACAUUAUUCUGGAUUUUUGUACGACAUAUGUUUGUGAGUGUUAAUGCUAAUACUGUACAUAUGUAUGCGCCAGCGCACGUGUGUGUGAGAGUGUGUAUCUGUAUAUAUCAUUCUCUAUGUAUAUAUGAAUUAUUUAUUAACAAUUCUGUAAUUUACAAACAUUUCAUUAUACGCCCAAUGCAGUUAAGUAUCCUGCAUGCGUCAUAUACUUUGGAUGAAAAUUGAAAUAACUAUCAGACAUUGAAUUACUUUACUUCUGAAUAAAAUUUGUAAUGAAUUCUGUUACAAUUUGUUUAAAUUUAAGUUGCAAUAGUAAUUUGGAAAUAUGAAGGCUACAAUUAUCAAUUUAGAGUAGUCAUUGCAUUGUAUAAUAUGAAACUUUGAUGGCUAUGUAAAAACUAUAUAGGAUAAAUUUAUUCAGAAGCAAAGAAAAUUGUUCGAAAUUAUAAAAUAAAAAUGACGUACGAGUCAUUGGGCACACUUUACAUGAAAUAAAAACAGAAAUUUAAUUCAAUUUAAGUGGCAUUUUUUGUCAGGAUCGUCACCUACAGAAUAAAAUGUAAUAUGUAAUUUAGUUAAAGAAAUUUUAUGUAGCAGGAAAUGAUAUUAAAUAAAUUAUUUUGUAUGCGAUGAUUCUAUACAACAAAUGUCUAAAUUAUCAAUAUUUGUACUUCUUUUUGUUCAUAUCUGACAACUUUAUCUAGAGUGUCAGUUAACUGUGCCAGCAUAAAAACUGCGAUUGUGCUAUUAAGUAAACAAUUGUCAACUUUUUAAAUGUGAAGUAGUAUAAAAAUAUGUAUGCACUCACAUAUGUAUAUUUUUAUAUAUAUGUGUGUGCGUGUGUCUGUAAUAUAUAUGUAUAUCUAGUAUGUAUAUAUUACAAUACACAGUGCACAAAAAAAAAAACAAAUUUUAAAAAACUUCAUACACUAUCCAGUACAGAAAUUACAAGGAUAUUUAGUUCAAUUUUAUAUUGUUUUUAAAGAUGAAUUUUUAAUGCAAUUUGUACUUAUUCGUUUAACAUAAGAUUUUCACAUCUACUUAAAUUAUGUUUCUUGUAUUCAAAAUAGUUUUGUACUUGGAAAAUGUAAAAAGUGUUAUUUCUAGCAUCUACAAGUCGAUUCAUAUGAUUAUUUAUUCAUUUAAUAUUUGUAAUUUUUUAGUGAAUAAAAUAGAACACCAAUGUAAAUCUUAUUUUAAGUUUCAUUUCAUUUUUGGUAAUAAUAAGUUUUAAAUUCAACUAUGUUUAGAUAUAAAUAUAGACAAAUAUGUAUAUGUACACAUAACAAAUGUGUAUAUAUACAUAUGUAUAUAAAUAUUAUACAAACACUAUAUAGUACACUGAAAUGAGUGCACUGUGCUGUUUGUACUCAUUUUGUUUGAAAGCUAUUAAUAUCAUGUACUACUUCACGUUUUUUGUAUUAAGUGUAAAAUAUUGUCUCAUGUUGACAUAAAACAUCGUUUUAGCUGUGAUGUUAACAAUAGAGAAUUCGUAUAGAGAUGCAAAGCAAGAGGGAAAUUAGUAUAAUAUAAAUGAAUUUUGUGUUAUAUUUAUUAUAAUGACAAUUCAGUAUUAUAGUAUGUACCACUGUUUGCUGAAGAAGAAUUCUACUACCAGUUAACGUCAUUGCUAAUAAAAUGUGAGAAGAAACUAUCAAACAGUAUAUAUUUAAAAAUUACAACGAGGCACAAAAUUUUUAGAGACCCUGAAACCUUAAAGAAACCAAGAAUUGGAUCUAAGAUUUCAUCAAGUAUACGUGUGAAAAAUUAAAUUCAUAAAAAAGAUAAUGACAAAGCAGUUAUCAAAUAAAUAACUAUAAUGAUAACAUUAUUAUUGCUACCAUUACUGCUGCUAGUACUACAAUUAUGACUAUUACUAUUACUACACUACUGUUAGUGAUACCACUAUCAUAAAUAUUAUUACAACUACAGCUACUAUCAUUACCACUAUAAAUUGUCCUUGUAAUUUUUAUAUGCCAAGUGUAUACUUUAAUAGGAUAAAUUGAAGGAUAUGAGAAACGAGUCACAGUAAAUGUAACAUAACAGCCCUACUUGAUAUAAGGAGGGUACAAACUAUGUUAACUGAACUAUAAAUUAUAAAUAUUGUAUAAGACGAUAAAUAAUAAUUAUUAUUAUCAUUA